AUGUUACCUGGAAAACUAGCUUUUGUGACCGGAGCCGGAGGAGGUAUCGGUAGAGCGAUUUGUCGUGUGAUGGCUAGAGAAGGUGCUACAGUAGUAGCGGCAGACUUAAACAUAAACAAUGUUCAGACCACUGUUGAUGAGCUCACAGGUGAAGGUCACAAAAGUUAUCAAUUGGAUGUGUCCGAUGCUGAGUCCGUCACAAGUGUAUUAAAACAAGUGUUUACGGAUUAUUCUGCGCCGCCGACUGUAGUGGUCAAUGCUGCGGGAAUCACAAGAGACAAUUUCAUGUUAAAAAUGUCUGUGCAAGAUUUUGAGAGCGUAUUUAAUGUUAAUGUAAAGGGAACUUUUCUUAUCACCCAAACCAUUUGUAAAGAACUGGUAGAGAAGAACUUGCCUGGUUCCAUAGUAAAUAUUGGAAGUAUAGUUUCACAACGUGGUAACAUAGGACAGUGCAAUUACUCGGCUAGUAAGGCUGCCGUUGAAGUCUUCAGUAAAACGGUAGCAUUAGAAAUGGCAAAAUAUAACAUCAGAUGUAACACAGUGUUGCCUGGGUUUACAACCACUCCAAUGACUGACAUGAUACCUGAGAACAUUAGAGAACAUUUUAAGUCUGUCAUUCCCUUGAAGAGGUUUGCCAAUUCUGAAGAAAUAGCGGAAGUAGUAACAUUUUUGGCGUCGGAAAAGAGUUCAUACGUUACUGGUACGUCAAUUGCAGCUAGUGGUGGUUAUUAA